CACCCGCACCGACGACUACGCCGCGGCAUUCGGAGACGGGGUCGCGGACUCGAGCGACGCCGUGGGCGGCAGCAAGGCGCGGGUGAGGUGGAGCUACCCCGUGGUGGCGGAGACGAGGGAGGUGCCCAACGCGGCGGCGCAUCCGUUGGACCCCAAGCAGGUGGCCAGGCAGCGCUUUAUCGAGCGGCUGAUGAAAGCGCGGGCGGCCGUCGACAAGGAGCUGGUGCUCGACCAGACGGUGAUCGAGCGGCUGAUUCAAGAGCAGUCGGCCGACGAGGAGGCCAACCGGCGAUGGGAGCAGCAGUUCAACUCGUUGCGUGCGCAAGAGGCAAUGUAUAAGAAGGAACAGGAGAAAUUAUCACAGGCACAUGUUGGGGUAAAGGUGAGACCCAAGCAGGAUAAACUACCACAAGUAAAGGGGAAAUCGUUCUGGAGUCUGUUCAAGAACAAGAUUUUUUGUAGAAAAGGAAGGGAAAUAUAUCCGGAACAUGUGAAGCACCAGACACAUCCUAUCACUGAAGUCAGAAGGUAUCAUAAGCUUGCUUCUGACAAGGCGAACCAUCUUGAUGCCUAUUCGGAAUUUAGACGGGUGAUUGGAGACGGAGAGUGUUUCUACAGGAGCUUCAUAUUUUCCUACCUAGAGCAAGUUAUUGAUAGGCUGGACACAGAUGAGGAACACCGUCUCCUUGAUGUUCUUGAAACAGCGUCUGCACGACAUGCAGAUCUCGGAUGGAACUCUGAGUUUCCCAGGAGCAGCAGAGCAUUUAAGGAGCUGAUUGAGAAAGUAAUGAAAUGGAAGAGCACACAAUCAACUAGCAGUCAUUGUAAAGGGAACCUUCUCAAGAACCUUCUCAAGUUCUUCAGCACGUAUGAAAAGACGAAAGACAUUUUUGUUUUCCUCAGAUUACUAGUAGCUAUCGAGAUAUGCUCGCACAGGGUGGUGUAUGAGCCGAUUAUACCAGAGGUCGUCCGAGGAAAUUGCAGUUUGGAAGUUUGGUGCUUGGAGCACGUCAUUCCAGCUCGUGUGGACGCGGACCAUGUUAUGAUGGUGGCUUUGGCCAGCGCGCUUGAGGUCCCGCUCAGAGUGGAAUCGUUCCAACGAGGAUAUGCUCCAGAUAUCUACACUCGUCCUGGAGUUCCCCGUCCGAGUGUGACCCUGCUGUACACGGGUCAUCACUACGACAUUAUCUACCCACGUGCUCCUUCUGCUGAGAGUUCGAGUCAUCAGGCUUCCCAGAGAGAAGAUCCUACUGAUCAGAGUUCAAGUCAUCAGGCUUCCCAGAGAGAAGAUCCUGCUGAUCAGAGUUGAAGUGCACAGGCUUCCUAGAGAGAACAUCCUGCUGAUCAGAGUUGAAGUGAACAGGCUUCCUAGAGAGAACAUCCUGCUGAUCAGAGUUCAAGUCAACAGUUUCCUGCUGCCUAUGAAUGAGAAUGUUGCUGAGCUUAGUGGUAGAGAGUUGGAGUACAACAGGUUCCCCAUGAAGUUAGGGUAGGCAUAGCAUAGCAUAUACUUGUGCAUUCUUCUUGUAUUGUGGCACAAACUGCUGGUACCGAUGAAUGGACUUCUCGGUUGCUGAUCCCUUGUCUGAAGAGUGAAAAGGAAGAAAAACUUGGGUUGUUGUUUAAAUUGUUGGAUAGUAUACAGUGAACCUUCUUAA